AUGGCCGAGAAGACAGGAUCUAUCACCAACGAAAUUGAGAAAUCUGCAUCUCAAGUCGAGCAGCUCGUCUCCGCAUCCUUACGACCCCUGCCUACUGAAACCGGUGAUGGGACUUAUAUCAAGCAACCGACUACGACUGGGAUUGCCCAUGACAUCGGCCACUUCGAUUUUGGCGAUCUCAAGACUUUACUGGAAGUCACCAAGAAUGCCACGACGGGCGAGCCGACUGAUGAUAAGAAGUAUAUACAGGAGCGGGUUAUUCAGCUCGCUUCUGGGCUGCCCUCGACCUCUCGUAAUGGCAGGGAGUUAACAAACGCAUUCCUAAACCAACUGUGGGGUGACCUGCAACAUCCACCAAUUUCGCUAUGCAGCUAUCUUGGUCGCGAAAACAUGUAUCGCAAAGCCGAUGGUUCAGGCAAUAACAUUCUAUGGCCACAAAUCGGCGCCGCAGGCACCAGUUAUGCAAGAUCAGUUCGGCCAAAGACCAUGCAGCCUUCUGCUCUUCCAGAGCCAGAGACGCUGUUCGACAGUCUUCUUGCCCGAAAAGAUUUCAAAGAACACCCAAACAAGAUAUCCAGCGUUCUGUUUUAUGUUGCAUCUAUCAUCAUCCAUGGUAUGUGUGUUACAAAACGCAUUGCUUUUUACAUGUCUAAUGAGAACCAAGACAUCUUUCAAACAGACCAAAAGGACCCCACGGCCACAGCGACAUCAUCAUAUUUGGAUCUCGGACCAUUGUACGGUAACAACCAGAAAGAACAGGAUGCCGUAAGAACUUUCAAAGAUGGAAAACUAAAAGCGGACUGUUUCUCUUCUGUCCGCGUUAUGGGUUUCCCUCCGGGUGUCGGCGUCCUACUGAUCAUGUUCAAUCGCUACCAUAACUAUGUGGUAGAGCAGUUGGCGAGGAUCAACGAGGGAGGGAGAUUUACAAAACCGGACGAAUCGAAUGAGACGGAAUAUGCAAAAUACGAUAAUGACCUGUUCCAGACUGGUCGUCUAGUGACCGGCGGUCUCUAUGUCAAUAUAAUCCUGAAAGAUUAUGUUCGAACAAUUUUGAACGUGAACCGAACGAACAGCGUUUGGAGUUUGGACCCUCGAACUGAGAUCAAGGAUGGAAUACUUGGUGAAGCCGCUGGCCAAGCUACAGGAAAUCAGGUUUCAGCUGAGUUCAACCUUGUGUAUCGCUGGCACUCUUGCAUUUCUCAACGCGACCAGAAAUGGACAGAAGAUAUGUACAAAGAAAUAUUUUCCGGAAAGGAUUCCAGUCAGGUCAAUUUGCAGGAAUUUGUUAUAGGCCUUGGGCAAUGGCAGGCGAAGCUACCGAGCGAUCCCCAGGAACGUCCAUUUGCCGGUCUACAGCGUCAAUCAAACGGGUCUUUCAGCGAUGAUGACCUUGUGAAGAUCUUUGAGGAGAGUGUUGAAGACUGUGCAGGUGCAUUCGGUGCUUCCAAUGUCCCCACCAUUUUCAAAAGUAUCGAGGCCCUUGGAAUAAAACAAGCGCGCUCCUGGAACCUGGCCACCUUGAACGAAUUUAGAAGUUUCUUCAAAUUAGCCCCAUACAAGACUUUCGAGGAGAUCAACCCUGAUCCAUACAUUGCCGACCAGCUCAGGAGAUUGUACGAUCACCCUGAUCUUGUGGAGAUGUAUCCAGGUGUCAUCGUUGAGGAUACUAAAGAGCCCCUGGUUCCUGGAAGUGGACUUUGUACCAACUUUACCAUCUCAAGAGCCAUUCUUUCUGAUGCAGUUGCUCUGGUCCGCGGUGACCGGUUUUACACGGUGGACUUUACCCCCAAGCACCUUACGAAUUGGGCGUAUAACGAAAUCAACUUCCAGCCGAGUGUGGACCAGACUCAAGUUUUCUCUCAACUGGUCUUCCGGGCUUUCCCUAACCACUUUAAGGGUGAUUCUAUCUACGCGCACUACCCUCUUGUCAUUCCAUCUGAGAACCGGAAGAUUCUUACCGACCUCGGUCAGGUCGAUAAAUACAGCUGGGACCGGCCCAGUUACACACCCAUGCCUCGAUUUAUCAACUCUCACGCCGCUUGUGUGUCAAUUCUCACUGACCAAGAAAAAUUCAAAGUCAUAUGGGGCAAAAAGAUUGAAUUCUUGAUGGAGAAUCAUGACCAGCCUUACGGCAAGGACUUUAUGCUGUCUGGGGACAGGCCACCCAACGCUGCGUCGCGUCAAAUGAUGAGAUUGGCUUUGUACCGGGAUCAAUGGGAAUCUGAGGUCAAGAAAUUCUACGAGGAGAUUACUUUGAAGCUUUUGCAUCAGUACUCUUAUAAGAUCGCUGGUGUCAACCAAGUCGACAUCGUUCGCGAUGUCGCCAACUUUGCGCAGGUCCACUUCUGUGCGAAUGUUUUCUCUUUGCCUCUCAAAACCGAAUCCAACCCUAGGGGCAUUUUCACCGAGUCUGAGCUGUACACGAUGAUGGCCGCUGUUUUUACUUCCAUCUUCUAUGAUGCGGACAUUGCAAAGUCUUUUCAACUCAACCAGGCCGCUCGAAAGAUAGCACAGCAGCUCGGCCAACUGACCAUGGCCAACGUUGAACUCGUGGCCAAGACUGGAUUCAUCGCCAGCUUGGUGAGCCAUCUGCACCGUCACGACGUCCUUAGUGCGUACGGCACGCACAUGAUCCAACACCUGUUACAGAGUGGCAAGGAGCCAAGCGAGAUUGUGUAUACUCAUAUUCUACCUACUGCAGGUGGCAUGGUGGCGAAUCAGGCCCAACUCUUUUCGCAGUGCCUUGACUAUUACCUGUCGGAUGAGGGCUUAGUCCAUCUACCGGAGAUAAACCGUUUAGCAAAGGAAGACACGCCCGAAGCUGACGAUAUCCUUUUGCGAUACUUCAUGGAAGGAGCUCGAAUCCGAUCAUCCGUUGCACUGCCUCGGCAGGUAGCAACUCCUACAGUUAUCGAAGACAAUGGCGAAAAGGUCAUGCUGAAGGCGGGCCAGGAAAUCAUCUGCAACUUGGUUUCGGCAUCCCACGACCCCGUCAGUUUCCCCGAACCCGAAAAGGUCAAACUUGACCGUGACAUGAAAUCAUACUCGCACUUUGGCUUUGGAGCGCACCAGUGUCUGGGUAUUGGACUCUGCAAGCUGGGACUCACGACUAUGCUCAAGGUCGUUGGUCGUUUGGACAAUCUCCGCCGUUGCCCAGGGCCCCAGGGUAAACAGUUCAGACUUUCUGGGCCUGGUGGAAUCGCACUGUAUAUGAAUGCUGACCACAGCAGCUUCUCGCCUUUCCCGACUACGAUGAAGAUUCAGUGGGAUGGUGAGCUGCCCCCAUUGUCGAAGUAA